AUGCGAAAUGUUGUUUGGAGGCGUGCUAAUGUUAAUACACGAAAGACUCGAGUCUAUACUUCAAAGAUAUCUACUAAAGUCCUCGAUUCUCAGAAGAGCUCAAGAAAAGAAGAAAUAUUUUGGAUGGCCACCACAAGAGACAAGGAUGAGGCUGAACCCCAAAGAGGCUAUUGGAGAUGGAGCAAACAAGAUUUCUUGCCAGAGGAAUCAGAUGAUGCCACUGAGACAGAAGAACUCAGGAAACGCAGUGAACAUGACAUGAAACGUUGCCUCAACUGGUGGGACCUCAUAUGGUUCGGUUUUGGUGCAGUGAUUGGAGCAGGAAUAUUUGUGCUCACUGGUCAAGAGGCUCAUGACCAUGCUGGAGCAGCUAUUGUCUUAUCCUAUGUUGCCUCAGGCUUCUCAGCAAUGCUUUCUGUUUUCUGCUACACUGAGUUUGCUGUAGAAGUCCCAUCAGCAGGAGGGUCAUUUGCUUAUCUGAGAGUUGAAUUAGGAGACUUUGUUGCUUUCAUAACAGCUGGCAACAUUCUUCUUGAAAGUGUUAUUGGAAGUGCAGCAGUGGCCAGAUCAUGGACUUCUUACUUCACAAACCUUUUGAACCGUCCAAAGAAUUCAUUGCUCAUUAAAACAAAUCUAAAAGAGGGGUACAACUUAUUGGAUCCUAUAGCUUCUGGGGUUCUGGUGAUUGCUUCAGUGAUCACAAUAAUCAGCACAAGAAAAACUUCUUUUCUCAAUUGGAUAGCUUCUGCCAUUAACACUGCUGUUAUUAUAUUUGUGAUUGUUGCAGGGUUUGUUCAUGCAGACACAUCAAAUUUGUCACCCUUUUUACCUUAUGGAGCUAAGGGGGUGUUUCAGGCGGCAGCAAUUAUUUAUUUUGCAUACGGAGGGUUUGACCAUAUUGCAACCAUGGCUGAAGAAACCAAGAAGCCAUCAAGGGACAUUCCUAUAGGUUUGGUUGGGUCAAUGUCCAUGAUCACAGUGAUUUAUUGCUUGAUGGCACUCUCGUUGAGCAUGAUGCAGAAAUACACGGACAUAGACACUGGUGCUGCUUUCUCAGUUGCAUUUCAGCAUGCGGGAAUGAAGUGGGCAAAGUAUGUGGUAGCUUUUGGAGCACUGAAGGGGAUGACUACAGUGCUUCUGGUGGGGAGAUUGGCACAGGCACGUUAUAUCACUCACAUUGCACGGUGCCACAUGAUCCCACCAUGGUUUGCUCUUGUGCACCCUAAGACAGGAACUCCUAUAAAUGCCACACUCUUGAUCACCAUUGCAAGUGCCAUCAUAGCUUUUUUCACGGGCUUGAAGGUGUUGUCAAGCUUGAUAUCUGUGAGCACACUCUUUGUCUUCAUGAUGAUAUCUGUUGCCCUUCUGGUGAGGAGGUACUACGUGAGAGGGGUCACACCAAGAGAGAACUUAUUAAAGCUAGUUAUCUUCUUGGUGCUCAUCAUUGCUUCCUCAAUAGGAAUUUCAGCCUACUGGGGGCUGAGGCCUAAUGGUUGGUUUGGAUACGCUGUGACUGUUCCUAUUUGGUUCUUGACAACUCUAGGGAUGUCAUUGUUUUUGACUCAGCAAAGAGCGCCAAGAGUUUGGGGCGUUCCACUUGUGCCCUGGUUGCCAUCUUUGUCAAUUGCAACAAAUGUCUUCCUCAUGGGGUCUUUGGAGCAUGAAGCCUUCAUAAGAUUUGGAGUGUGCACCGUGUUAAUGUUGAUCUAUUACUUUCUCUUUGGCCUCCAUGCAACUUAUGAUAUGGCUCACCAACAAGAAAAUCUGCAACCAAAAGUUGAUCACACAGAAACUGUCAAGAACGAAGGGCCAUAA